AUGCCCCAAUGGGCAAGUGGGGAGGGUGGAGGUUCUGAAGCUGAGUCGCCAGACCAGAUGAUGUUGUAUUAUGAAGACGAAACCUCCGAGUAUUAUGAAAGCAAACCUGAUAUUGCCGACAAAAUAGAGCAAGCAGGAGAUUUCUAUGACAGCGGCAGCGGCAGUGAUGAACAAGUGACUCGUCGAGUUUGCCGGCCGCGACGUGCAGCGGCGGGAUCGUCCUCGUCAGCCGCCAGCAGUAGUGGACCCACCGGCCCGGGGCGUCGACGACGCUGUGGUAUCUCUGCGCGUGAACGAAAUCUCCGUAGGUUGGAGAGUAAUGAACGUGAAAGAAUGCGAAUGCAUUCAUUGAAUAGAGCUUUUGAGGACCUCCGGCGGGUAAUACCACAUGUUAAAAAGGACAACAGAAGUUUGUCGAAAAUAGAAACACUUACUUUAGCCAAAAAUUACGUGAAGGCACUAACCAAUGCGAUAUGCACAAUGAGAGGAGAAGUUUCUCGAUACCAAUUCAACAGCGACGAUGAGAACGUCGAGCCUGUUUUUGUUUUAAAUAGAGAACAGGAGCAGAAUAAUAAUGUGCCAAGUGAUCAGGAUCGAGAAGAUUCAAGUCCGGGGUCUCGCGUAUGUCUUUGA